AUGAGUGAAAAGGCGACCGUAGAGGCAACGCCUCUCCUACGAGGACGACUUCAGCAACGACCACGAAAGUCACAUUAUUCCACCAUAUUAGGCCUUUUGGCUGCUGUUUGUCUUAUCACAUUCUUCCACCGCCGACCUUAUCCUUACCCAGUGAACAUCGAAGAUCCAGCAGAAAAGCCAUGGACUUGGAGCGAUGUCAAGCCAAGCCGAAAACUCCAUUGGGAACCGUGCUACGAAAAAUUUGAGUGUGCAAGACUUGACGUCCCAAUGGACUGGCUUGCACCCUCGGAUGAUAAGAGAGUUGUCCUUGGUGUUAUCAAGCUACCGGCCAAGACAAAUAGCAACCCUGUUUCUCCGCUCUUUGUGAACCCUGGAGGACCUGGCGGAUCGGGAGUUAACUUUGUAAGAAAAGAGGGACAUAUCCUGCAAGCAGCUGUUGGUGACAACCAUGACGUUAUCAGCUUCGACCCCCGUGGAGUCGGCGUCUCUACACCUCGAGUUGAAUGCUGGGGCUCUUCUCAAAAGAGGAAGCUAUGGAGUCUUCAAGACACACCCGUUGCCGACGAACACCCAGGUCUUAUCUACGAUGCCUAUGCCCGAGCAUCUGCCUACUCCGGAACUUGCGAGCAGGCCAUGGAGGAAACUGGUCUUAUGCAGUUCCUCGGUAGUGCAUCCAUUGCUCGCGACAUGUUGGAGAUUCUUGACAAGACAGGCCAUGAGAAGCUACGGUACUGGGGAUUCAGUUAUGGCACUAUUCUUGGUGGCGUUUUUGCUGGACUAUACCCUGAGCGUGUCGAGAGACUGGUCAGCGACGGAAAUGUCGACUAUCACGACUGGUUCAACUUGGAUCACGGUAACUUUGUCUCUGACACAGACACGAUCUUCGACGGCUUCGAUAAAGCCUGCCAUAAAUCCGGACCCCUGAAAUGUGCUUUUUAUGCAGACUCACCAAAAGCCAUUGAGGAACGUCGGAGCAAUCUCCUCGCCAGUCUCAAAAAGUCGCCCGUUCUCGUUCCAGCUUGGACUCAUGAUUCCGGCCCCGAACUACCUCUCCUCAUCACCUAUUCCCAUCUACAACGCCUUAUCCAAACAUCGAUUUAUUCUCCGCUGAAAAAGUUCCCUCAACUUGCUCGCGUGUUCGCUUCUUUAGAAAAGGGUGACGGAAUCCCCUACUAUGAGAUGAUUAUGGAGGGUAAAAACAAGAGCCUCAACGGAGAUAUGUGCGAGCUGGGAGAAACUCCUGCAACUAUGCCCCUUGAGACCCCUAUGGAGCUCGACGCUUUCCCUGCUAUUAUGUGUCUGGACUCCAAGCCUGUGACAGAAACACCGCAGGAGAUUGCAGACUAUUUCGACAGAAUCACACACAAGAGUCGUUGGGCGGGAGCAGUCAACUCCAAUUUCCGUGUGUCCUGUGUGGGAAGAAAGACAAGACCAAAGUGGAAGUUCACAGAUGCCGAUUUCAGGGGUGAUACUGCCCAUCCGAUUCUGUACAUUGGCAAUAUGGCAGAUAAUGUGACGCCUCUGCAGAGUGCGUUUAACAACUCUGCCAAGUUCCCCAGCUCAGUUGUUCUCAAGCAGAACUCCUACGGUCAUUGUUCGUUGGCGGCGCCCUCAGCAUGCUCCCUUACCUAUAUACGAGAAUACUUCCAGAAGGGCACAUUGCCCCCUGCUGGUGCCGAGUGUGAUUCCGAUUAUGAUCUUUUCGAGAUGCCGGGGUUGGGAGAAGAGGUGGCUGGUUUGGAUGAGCUCAGCUCGAUUGCUUUCAAGCUGUCAAGAGAGGUUGAGCUUCCCAAGGCCUUCUGA